AUGCGAGUUCCUUAUGGCACGGAAUAUCGCAUAAGCGAUCGUAAACAAUUGAAAAUGAUUGCAUCUGUUGGAGCCAUUUCUGUGUGUGGCGCCAAAAACCAGACAAGUUAUAGAAGGAGCGAAGAAAAAGAAGGUGAAUGUAUUUACAAUGACCGCUCCAAAUUUCUUCAUGAAAAAAAACCUAGUAUCUACUGUUUCCUUCGAAGGAGCUCGCAUUUACUCAAAUUCAUAUCUAUCUAUCUAUCUAUCUAUCUAUCUAUCUAUCUCAGCCUAUUCAUAUCUAUCUAUCUAUCUAUCUAUCUAUCUAUCUAUCUAUCUCAGUCUGUUCAUAUCUAUCUAUCUAUCUAUCUAUCUAUCUCAGCCUAUUCAUAUCUAUCUAUCUAUCUAUCUAUCUAUCUCAGUCUGUUCAUAUCUAUCUAUCUAUCUAUCUAUCUAUCUAUCUAUCUAUCUAUCUCAGCCUAUUCAUAUCUAUCUAUCUAUCUAUCUAUCUAUCUAUCUAUCUAUCUAUCUAUCUGUCUCAGUUUGUUCAUUAUCUAUCUAUCUAUCUAUCUAUCUAUCUAUCUAUCUAUCUAUCUAUCUAUCUAUCUCAGUCUGUUCAUAUCUGUCUAUCUUCUCGACUUUCUUUAUUCAUUUAUUUAUUUGUUCCUUUCCUUCUUUUUCUUUUUCCUUCUGCUUUUCUUUCGCUUUUCAUUUCUCUCUCUCUCUCUCUCUCUCUCUCUCUCUCUCUCUCUCUCUCUCUCUUUUUAUAACUUUUUACCUUCAUGCCUUACUUUUUUCUUUUUAUCCACUGGCCAUUUUCCUUCAUAUUUCCAUCUUUUCAAUUUUUCUUCCUUUCUCUUGCUUUUUCGCUUCUUUCGACUAAUAAGCAUUAAUGUUGCCUCAACUUUUCACCCAGUCUCUCUUCAUGUUUUACCUACUGCUUCUCAACUUCUCGCUGCACUAAACCGCCCCGUAACCUCACCCAUCUCAAUGCGUACGCACUCCUCCACCAACCGCCCCCGCAAACGACCCCUUUCUCUAUUGACUGUCCACAUGGUCGUUUCGUUCCAUUUUCCUCGUGCGACCAUCUGCACUUAG